AUGGAAGUUAAUCCUGUUAAAUUGAAUCAUCACGAACAUGAUGAUACCAAAGAAAACGUAGUAGAAGAAACUACUACUCAAGAAGAACCGGAAAUAAAAAUUUCGAAUCCAAAAGACAAAUCUGAUGAUGAAAACGUUGAAGGUGAAGAUGAAGUGGGUGAGCAACCAAAUCAACCCGAAAGUCCCACCAAUGAACUGGAACAACCCAACUCUGAUGAUUAUGAACCUGAAGGACCCAUCAAUAAUGACCAAAACGAAAAAGAGGGGGAAUCUGCUGACGAAUACAAUCCUGAAAUCGAAGCUGCUUAUGAUCCUAAUGAACAUCCUUCCCCACCUGAAAUCCCUAAUAAACCUGAAAAUCCUGAACCCAAGAAACCAUCAGGCUUGCCAGCAAGACCUCAAGUUCCUCAAAAACCAUCAAUUGAUUAUUCUGUUGAUCCAUCAGCUGACCCUCACCAAUAUCAAAGAAUAAUCAGAUUAGCUUGUGAUGAAAUCACCCAAUCCGAAUCAUCAAAUAAUCCUAAUUUCCAUAAUUUAUCCGAUUAUGAGAAAUUCAAAAUCAUUUCUCCUCAAUUAGAAGCAAGAGGUAUUACCUUGAAUACUGGUACUUCAUUUUCGCAAGCUCUGGAUAUCAAUUUUGAUCAAGUUUAUUCUUAUAACAAACCUUAUAAGAAUUUGAAAAACCCCAUUCCAUUGGUUCCAAUUAAUGAAUUCUGUAGAAGACCAAAUGUUACCUUACCCAUGACACCUGAAGAAGAUGCCCUUUAUGAUGAGUUUAUCAAGACAGAAGCUGAUUAUAUGAGAGAUCAAAAUUGUGAAGAUUUCCCCGAUAAAUCAAGGCUCUUCUUAGGUAACUUACCUGCCAAUACCAUAUCUAAACAAGAUUUGUUCCGAAUUUUCAAUAAGUAUGGUGAAGUUGUACAAAUAGCUAUCAAAGCGGGUUAUGGGUUUGCUCAAUUUAGAACAAUGGAAAGUUGUUUGGAUUGUAUUAAAGGUGAAACUUACGUACCUUUACAUAAUAAGAUCAUGAGAUUAGAUGCCUCCAAACCUCAGCCAUCCAAAAAAUUUAACAACAAUCAAAGAGGAAGAGAAAGGUACGAUGACGAUAAUUCCCAUAAAAAAGCUAAAAGAAACCCCCCAGAAUGUCAAAUCUAUACCACUGGUAAAUCAUCAGUUUUCUUUGUCAGAAGAGUGAAAAGAGCUAUACAAAAUGCUCAAGUUUCCAGUGAUAUUGAAGACGUUACUCAUAGAGAGAUUUCAGAGGUUAUAAGUGAAGCAGCUUACUCGGGAGUUUUGGGAACUUGUGUUAUCAAAGAACUGAAAGUUGAUAUACAAACUUUUGAAACCUCACCUGAUGGUGGAAUCAAAUUCGAUGAAUAUGCUGAUAUAGAACCCGAAGAUGCAGCUGAUAUCUUACAAAAGGCUAAGUUGAAGAAAUAUGGUGGUACUUUACCUCCAUUCCAAGGAGAUAACUUCGAUGCACAAUAUGGCUCAAACGAUAAUAGCACCUACGGCGGACAUUACAAUGAUAGAGGUAGAGGUCGUGGUCGUGGUCGAGGUAAUUCUGGUGCAAGAGGUGGUAGAGGUCGUGGAGGCUAUAACCAGUUCAAUCAAGGAUACCAAGGCUAUGAUCAAGGACAAUUUGAUCAACAUUAUGGCCAGCAAUAUGGUCAACAAGGUCAAUAUCCAGGUCAAUACGACCAACAAGCACAAUAUGGACAAGGUCAAUAUGGAAACCAAUACAAUCAACCACCACAAUAUGGCAACCAAAUGGGUUAUAACCAACAAUCUCCACCACAAAAUUACGGUCAGCAACAAGCACAAUAUGGUCAACCACCAGCUCAGUAUGGCCAACCACAAGCACAAUACGGCCAACCACAAGCACAAUACGGCCAACCACAAGCACAAUACGGCCAACCACCAAUUCCAGCACAGUAUGGUCAAUCUAACCCACCUCCUCAACAAAACCAGACAGACUUAUAUCAGACCCUUCAGAAUCUUGAUCCUGCUGCAAAACAAAGUGUUUUAUCUAUUUUGCAACAGCAACAACAACCUACGCCUCAACCUUCACAACCUCAACCACAACCCCAUCACCAUCAAUCAGCCCAGGGUUAUAAUCAGAAUUAUAAUCAAUCGCAAUAUGAACAACGUCAACCUAUAAAUUACGGAGAUUCUUCAGGAUAUCAAUCAAGAUCUGCAAGAUAUUCGAGUAGAGAUGAUAGAAUCGAUAGAAAUCAGGGCCGUCGUCCACAGAGAAAUUACGCUCAGAAUUAUGGGCAAAGUUUCGGAGGACAAUAUGGCGAAGGACCACAACCACCACGUAAUUCCAACCAGAACAAUGAUAACUCCUCCACCACUUCCUCAUCAUUAAUGGACACAUUAGCCAAAUUGAGCAAAAAAUGA